AUCGAUUGUGCGGUGUUGGAUUGAGUGUGCCUGGCUUCAUGCGCAGCACAAUCACAACACCGUUCAGAGAUGGCAGCGCUGUCAUCACCCAUACGAGUCUGCCGAGGAAUACUGAAAGAACUACGUGUCAUCCAAGGACCGACUUACAAACGGUCCCUGGCCUACUCCUAUGUUAUGGACCAGUUUCGUAAGAAUAAGGUAACAGGAGAAAGAUACUGCCGUGCCCAGCAGGAGGCACACCAUGACUCACACACAUACCUGUGUUUGCUGGGGUCUACCAGGAGCCACCUGGCCCUGCACAAACUUUACCAUGGCAAGGGCGAUCGCAGCCGAGAAGAAGUGGCUGCCCUCGUGGGGCUCAGGUUGCCAAGUCAGCCAGGAGGUAAAGGCUGGGAGAAGUGAGGACAUUGGAAGAAAAUCUUGACACUCUCUGGUUCACCUGGUCUCACAAUUCACCACAUGAAAACUAAAGUGCAAAGGGAUAAAUGUUUGGAGUAUGGCAGACUGGAGAUUGUGCUGUUAUGGACUGCUUUGAGGAAACUCGAUGUAUUCCUGUUGUGUUGUUCUACCAAUGUUCAAUAUGAGAAUAAUCUCAGAUCAUUUGAAGCAACUGUGAAAAUAUACGCUAUGAUUAAAGAAAAUCUGUUUAGCUGUAAAUAUACUGUACCUUACAUCUUGUCCACACCUGCUUUUGUUUGUGUUUUGGCAACCAUUCAAAUUGACUGUAAGUACAUUUUCCUUUUGAUUCAUCUGUCACAUUAAAUAAUAAAAAUAUUAGUCACUGUUA